AUUACGCAUUCGGUCUCUCUCAACGCUCUGUUCAAGCGCAGCUCACUGCGCUCCAGACGCUCCACGCACCAGAGUGUAAUAGGAUAGGCAAAAAUAAUAGAAAAAAAACAUUGUAUUGUUUUUUUGCAAUUCCACACUUGGAACGACAGAAAUCUACAUCUAUAUUCAAACAUUUGCAUACUUCAAAGCCUGCAUAAACCAACCGUGGCGCUCAAGUAUCUUCAAACAUGAGCAUCAUCUCGGAUGGCGGUGAUGUUCUUGAUGGAGAUAUGCGUGCUGACACUUCAUGACAAAAGAUACCCAACUCUAUUUUUCAGCGUCCGAUCAGCAGUGACAAAGAAGAGGAGAGAAGAGCGCAGGAUGAAAAGCACUGGCUUACUUCUGGGUUACUUUUUGAUGAAAGUUCUUGUGUGCGACGCGGAAGGAGAACCUGGGAAAAACCUGGAUGGUUUGGUGACGGCGUCGGGGUCCAACGACUCCAGAGACGGGGAGAACGUUCUCUCUGAGACCCCCCACACGGAGGACAGGUGUCGGGGUUAUUAUGAUGUGAUGGGUCAGUGGGAUCCUCCGUUCGUGUGCCGCACUGGUAGCUACCUGUACUGUUGCGGGACCUGUGGCUUCAGGUUCUGCUGCGAGUUUAAAAACUCCAGACUAGAUCAGACCACCUGCAAAAACUACGACACCCCGCCGUGGUCCAUGACGGGCAGACCACCACCGAAGAUGAUGGACCAACACGAUUCGACUAAGGAUAAAACCAAUUUGAUUGUGUAUAUCAUAUGCGGAGUAGUUGCUAUCAUGGCGCUGGUUGGGAUAUUCACCAAACUUGGCUUGGAGAAGGCGCAUCGACCUCACAGAGAGAACAUGUCGAGAGCACUGGCCCAGGUGAUGCGCCAGACAGCUCCAGGAGAAGAUGUGGAGAGAGAGGAGAGCUUGGUGGUGCACGGACAACACUACGAGAACAUGCAGGCCAGAGCAACAGGAAACAACCUGCAGGGUGCCCAAAUAAACAGUGUGGGACCUGGCUCCUCUAUGAUGCAGGCCAUGACACAAUAUCCUGCCCUUGGACAAGUACCUGUAGCCCAGCCCUACGAAGCAUCUCAACCUGGAAAGGAGCUCAACAAGUACGCUUCGCUCAAGGCUGUGGCUGAAAAAGCGAACGAAAACUUCUACACUAACAGACGGCACCUAGCCGACCUGGCAGCGAAAGGCACUCUUCCCAUGCACUCGGUGAGUCUGGAGCAGGAGCCCACCAACCCUUACAGCCCCGAGCUGCCCUGCCAAAAGCAGAACGGACACAAGUCCAAAAGCACCAAGGUCCACAUCUCCCACCCGCUAGCUUUUGGCUCGAACACCAUCGCCAACCCUGGCAUGCUGAAGGGCUGGGAGACCACAGAAACGCUGGGCCGCCGGCACACGUACGCCCCCAAGAAGCACAGUGCCACCGUGGAGCAAGUGAACGAGCUGACAUCCGCCCACAGCCAGCACUUCCUGCCGCCACAUCCGUACUUUGUCACCAACAGCAAGACUGAGGUGACCGUGUGAACAGGGCCGCGACGCCAGUAUAUCGAGCCCAGGCCUGAUUGGAUGCGUGGAUUGGAGAACAAGGAUAAUUAAGGAAGCCUGAUGGAGGAAGAAGUGUGGAUUAGGAUCCUGUCCUGCUGGAAGGAUUGUCCGAGCGGUCUGGCUCGAGAUCUGCAUGGCUGUAUGUGUGCUGUUGCUUUGGCGACAGGCGUGCACUGGGAACAUUUGAACGGGAAAACGUGGAACUCUUUCUUUGUCCAUUCCGGCAAAAAACGAAUAAUCUGACCUGUAGUGAUGAGUUUGUCUCAAGGCCAUCCGUGAAAAAGUGAUGAGGACCCAUUCAAACCCUAAACAAUCAGUGCAAUCUAAAGUACUAGUUUAGAUGAUGUUUCGCAACAACCUGAAAGCUUGGGAGAACGUCGCUUAAGAAACACUAUCCUGUUUUUCUCAGAAUCUUGUAUAUAACAGAAUGGACGAAAAAAGUCAAAGGCUUCCUUGGAUCAUUAAAGACCAUCGAUCUGGAAGAUAAAAAAAAAUGAUGUGAGGACAAUCGCGUCUCACGUUCUUCUCAUCUCAACCCUCGAGACUUUCCAGAGCGUGUGCACCAAAAACCUCCUGUAGCAACCUAUAACAUCUAUAUCCUGACAAACACUGGGCUUGUGCCUUUCCAACAGAAGAACUCAUUAAAUGAGAGCUCUUGUGCUUUUCAGCGAGCACAUGGUGUUUCUUCAAUAACAAAGAUGCAUAAAAUAUAAACAAAUCUAUUGUUUACGGCUGUCAUACUUCAGUAGAAAAUGUUGAUUGUCAGUGUUCUUAAAAUACACAUUUCCCUUCUGUUUCGACAGGUUUUCUCUGAUGUGUUCACAUAUUGUAUGGCCCUAUCUUUUAGUACAACUGUAGACUGUAGACAAAGGAAGUACUGUAGGGUUAAUGAUAGACAUUCAUUACUUUUUAUUGUUAGGGAUGAUAAAAAAAAUGAAUGGUUAAUUCUGAUACAGAUCAAGAUUGUUACAACACUGCCAUUGUUGCAUUCCCAGUAUUUUGGUAUUGAAAACUGAUUCAGAAGUUUCUUUUGUCUUUAGCAUCAUAAUGCAAACCAUUUCAAUUAGCAUAAGGGCAAAAGGCUGCAUUCAAUUUCAAAACCUGAGCGUUUUGUCAUCCACAUCCAAAUUAUCCCAAGUAUCUGGCUGUGAAUAAUAUGGGUCACAUAAACUGUAAUUGCUGUGAAACAAGUGGCUUUAUCUCAGUACACUUAAAACGUUUUUGACCUAAAUCAUUUACUCACUUAAAGUGAGAUUUUAGGCAAAUUAGCAGGCUAAACUCAUAGUGAAAAUAAAAAUACAUUUACAAAUCUACUAGUACAGCUUUCUGCAGUGUCACACAUUCUUAUUUCAUAUGUAGGAUACUCGUUCUCAGUAUUUACAAUAUGUAGUAGAUGUAAGGGGUGAGCGCACUAGAUUUUGUGUUUGUAUUCUGCUGUUUUUAUUUAAGUUUGGUGAACUCUGGUUUGCAAAUCUGUAUAGUGCUGUUUGACCAUUAGAUGAUCUAAAUAUCACAGGCUGACCUGCUGCUAGUGGCACAGAAAUGGCACACUUCACCUUUAAGGUAAAGGAAUAGUUCAACCCAAAAUAAAAAUCUGUUAUCCAUUAUAUCACUUGCUCAUCAAUGGAUCCUCUUGCAGUUAAUGGGUGCCAUCAGAAUCGGAGUCCAAACAGCUGAUAAAAACAUCACAAUGAUCCACAUGUAAUCCACACCGCUUUAGUCUAUCAAUUAACAUCUUGUGAAAUGAAAAGCAACAAAUAUAUGCUCUUAUCAAGGACCGUUUUUAAGCGUUAAUAAGAUUUUGAUAUGAGAGGACAACAGAGAAUGGAUAUUUUUCACUGAAAGAAUCAUUAUUAUGGAAUACGUACUGUAUUUUAGCCAGAAUCGCCGGUUUACAGUUGGAACUGUUUAAUGGUGGAUUUGUUCCUGCUUUUCAUGUAAUAAAACACCUGGAAUCUUGCAGCUUACUUGUGGAUUAUUGUGAUGUUUUUAUCAGCUGUUUGGACUCUCAUUCUGACGGCACCCAUUCACUGCAGAGGAUUCAUUAGUGAUCAAGUGAUUUAAUGCUAAAUUUCUCCAAAUCUGUUCUGAUGAAGACACAAUCUAAUUUACUCAACUCAAACACAUCUUAAAUUUAUGGACAUUAGUUUCUACCCUAAAACACAACACAAUGUAAUGUGUUAUUCAAAAUUUAUUUUACUGCACAUUUAAAUAUUUUAAAGCACAACAAGAAUUAAUUAUCCUCACCCCCUAGUGAAGCCAUUUGUACAAAUACUGAAUCCGUGAGUCGGCUACACAAAUCUCAAUUGUAAGUUAAAUAAUACAAUUUAAAUUGACAAUUUAAGACAUUGCAAAUUCCACAAAGUCUUGGCAAAUUCAGAUAUUAUUAUUAUUAUUAUUUCGCAAACUGAAGCCCUAGAGUGUUCCAUCAUAUAAUUUUGCUCAUAUUGACUGAAGGCUUAAAAUAAUUCUUAAAAUCUUAAGGCUCUUAAACAUUUUAAGAUCUGCAGAUAAGAGAGUUGGAAUCAAGUCAUGUUGUACGUAAAUUUGGGGUUGAUUAUUUAUGAUGAGAAAUAAAAAUCUCUGUGGAGAUUUAACAACAUAGCAAUAUCAUUACUGUGUCAAAUCUGAGACUCUUCUGUUAUAAGAAUGCACUCUAAAGAGAAAAACACUUCUGCAAAACAAUACAAGCCCUGCCUCCAGUUUAACUGCUUGUCUUUUUCCUACCAUUGAAUACUGUCUUUGUGCGUCACUACCAAACAGCCUGCGACAAACCAGUACUUAAGACUGACAUAAUGGCCGCUGGUCUGUCAGUCACGGAGUCCACUCAACAUCUAUUAAACCUGAGUGUCUCACUGCAGGUCACCUCAUGACUCAGAGUGCACUACAGGAUCACUCACCGGGGGGCACGCUUCUUGGAAUAAAUCACAUAGUGAAUACCUUUUCCUCCGAAAUCUCUGAACACUGCAGAAAUGGAUUAGCACAGAUAAUGUCAAGAUUCGUCAUGUAGCUAAAAAGACCUGCACAGCUGGAUCCCAGGGCUUCAGUCUGCAUAAUUUAACAUGUGAAAUCGCCAGUGUGAUAUAGAAAUCAGGCAUCUGGGAAAUAAUCUGGUUAACAAUUGGGAGAGAAUUCACUAAGAAUUAAUUGCGCACUCUGAAUUGUUUAUUAGCAUUGUUUUUGCACCGAAGGUAAACACAAUACCGCAGACUCAUAUGAUGAAUUACUGCUCUGGGAUUAAUGUAAAAUGUACACAGUUUUAAAUUUGGUAGGCAAAAUUGCAGGAUUUUGUGAAAAUGAAGCAGUCUACUGUACGGUUAUUCUUAAGAUACAAGUCACACUGUACAGUAUUUCAUUCACACUAGCGUUCACUUUCAUUCCUACGUAUGUAAAUAUGAGUGCAUAGCAAAAAAAAUACAAAUAAAAACAUUGAAUAUGUUUUGUCUUGCAUAUUAGAUUUUGAUUUGGAGAAAAAUGUUUUACCUAUAAAUUUGCUUGACAAUCUUUUUUUUUUUCAAUGUUCAGUCAAUAGAAGAUGUAGCUUUCACAUGAUCAAACUUACUGUGAAUACGUCUUAAAAGUACGUAGAACACAGGCUAAUAUAUAUAUAAAUUAAGAAAAUAUUAAUUUAAAGCUAUUUAAACUAAGUGCAAAUAGAUGUGUUCACAUUUACUGUUGUUGGGUCAAAUACUGUGGUUGAAAUCAAGUAAUUUUUAUAGGAAUUUGUGAAUUUUAUGUAAAGGAGAAAGAUUUCCCCAGUGCAAAUUUUGAAUUGAGUUUAGGUUGAAUUAAACAAAAAGCUGACAUUAUUUACAAUAGACAAUGGACCUUUUUGCCUGCAAAAUUUUGCAGAAAUUUCGCUAAAGUGAACAUACCUUACCUCUUUGCAAUGUCUAUUUGAACUUUAUGUAAAAUAAAAGAUGAUUUACACUUGGUGCAAACAGUAUGUAUAACUAAUGUAACCUAAUACACAAACAGCACCAUACCAAUGUAAUAUAGUACCUGAUUAAACUGGAUUAAGGUUGGUUAGAGAACAAAGCUUCUUAUGCAAAAAUACCUCACAAAAAUGUGGUGCAACUGCUUAGUGAAUUCAUCUCUCAGUGUGUUGAAAUGUAUGAAACCCCAUGUUAGGUUGAGUCUACACAGGGGGUAGUCUUAUUAUUUGAUUGCUAUUUCCACCUGUCAUUGUGCCUUGCUGAUAAUUAACAGAUAUUAGGUUUAAUUUUUAUGUUUUUAUUCACUCAUUUGUUUGCAUUUCUCAGUUUUUUUUAGACUGUUGGGGUUGGCCAUGUAUGAAUGCAUAGAAGGAACACAUAAAGGCUUCUAACUUUUGACAUCGGCACAAGGUCUUAUUAGUUAGACACAUGAUGAACUAGUACAUAACCGAUGCCGUCUUGAACAGUCAGCUGUACAUUACAUCACAAAAGGGCUGAAUAUUAGCAGAACAACUUUAAUGCUGUGAUCACGAAGGUUAAAUGUUGGUCGAAUGCAUUCUGACUCUCAGUGAAAGCGCAUUGACAUGUAUAGGCAGAUGUUACAAAAGCUGUGCUAAAAUGAUAUUGCCCUUUAUUUCAUGUCUUUAAAAAAAACCAUAACCCUACUGCAACUGAUAUUGAUGUAAGUUUGUGUAUUUGCGUCUAUAACUGGUUCAUUUGAAACACUCAAAUGCAAUUUUAUAGAAUUUCGUUUUGAAAAGUAAUACCUCAAAUGCUUUUGACAAGUAGAAACCCACUGUUGAAUGAACUGAAUUGUUUAUUCUGGAUAUAGCUAUGCCAAUGGUAAAAUCUUUGAUGAUAUGAUGUUGUCAUAUUCUUCACAUAAAGCCAGAAUAGUUACACAAUAACUUGAUAUUUGUAAGUAGUAGCUUAGUAGUUGCUGAUGAGACCAAGUUGUCCAGUUCAGUGGUCUAUAUUGUAAAUCACAUAGACAAAGCAUGGAGGAUUACAAUGAUACCCGCCAAACUAAUACUAUUGAGCCGCACAAGCGAAAUCUGAGUGUCUUUUAUUGAAGGGUUAUUUUGUGAUCCAGGUUUAUUUAAAAAAUGUGUCAAUAUUGUAUUCAGUUAGUCUUAAUACUGUGUGUACUUCAGCGUGCUCUUUAAUGACGAUGCAAACCGAGGCAUCUGGGAAAUCACAUCACAGUUAAUACAGGUACUAAGGUCAAUUUUUUAAACAAUGUAUUCUAUGUAACAUUUCUAUGUGGAAGUUGAAAGUUGUACCGUUCACAUCACAAAACUUAUUUACAAUAAAUGUCUCUUCUCUAUA